UGAGGCGGAUUGUGUUCACCAGAUCAUAUCUGUGCACUCUAUCGACGCGCUUCCAUCGCCGAGUCCGACGGAGCUACACCGCAGUGGUGCACUGUUUCGAUGCUUCAGCUCCACCACCAACUUCGUCUGGUUUGGGAACUGAGAAAGUAACGGGUCGAUGCAUCAGCUAUGGCUCCAGCCCUCAGCUCCAAGAUGAACCAGUGCUCCCCAGAUCUCGUGUCCCAUUUCCAGCUGAAGAGAAUGUUGGUGCGACUGGUCGACUGUUGUAGGCCAACACCAGAUCAGCCAGGAACGGAUGGCAAGGGCAACAAAGAUGGAGGAAAACCCAUAAGUGGGAGAAAAUCACAGUGGCCUGGGAGUCCACAUACAUGUCUUCUUCCCAGAACCAAACACCAACACAAUCACAAAGGGGAGAAUUACUGUGUCAAACUGUGUGGCAAAAGGAUUUCAAAGGCAUCAAGUUUAAGAAAACACCAGCGUGUUCGCACAGGAGAGAGGCCCUACCAAUGUUCACAGUCUGAUAAAGAAAGUACACAGGCCGGAAAUCUCAGGACACACCAACUCAUUCACACAGGAGAGAAACUGAACCCCUGCAACAAGUGUGGAAAAUGUUUUUCUCAAGCAAGCAGCCUGAAAAGACACCAGGUCCUUCACACUGGAGAGAAGCCCUAUGACUGCAGAUUCUGUGGCAAAAGCUUUUCUCUAGCAUCAAGUCUAAGCUUACACCAGGUCGUUCACACAGGUGCGACGCCUUAUCACUGCAAGCAUUGUGACAAAGGGUUUUCACGGUCACAGCAUCUUAGUAGACAUUUGUGCACUCACACUGGAGAGAGACCUCAUCACUGUAAAGUGUGUGGUAAAAGCUUUUCUCAAGCAGGGAAUCUACGGACACACCACACUCACACAGGAGAGAAGCCCUUCCCCUGCAGUCUCUGUGGCAAAAGGUUUACCACAUCAUCAACUCUUAGGACUCAUAUGCACACUCACACAGGAGAAAAGCGUCAUCACUGUAAACUGUGUGAUAAAGCUUUUUCACUGGCACAACAUCUGAAGCAACACCAGCGCACUCACACAGGGGAGAAACCCUACCACUGCACAACAUGUGGUAAAAGGUUUGUAUUUUCAUCCAAUCUUAGGACACAUCAGCGCAUUCACACAGGAGAGAAGAAGUAUAACUGUAAGGUGUGUAGCAAAAGCUUUUCUGACGCAGGCCAUUUAAGGAAGCACCAGCGCAUUCACACAGGAGACAAGCCCUAUGCCUGCAUACUGUGUGGCAAAAGGUUUUCAUGUGCAUCACAUCUAAGGACACACCAGCUCAUCCACACAGGAGAGAAACGUCACCGCUGCAGUCUGUGUGACAAAGGGUUUUCACGGUCACAUCAUCUUGCUGUACACUUGCGCACUCACACAGGGGUGAAACCAUAUAACUGUGAAGUGUGUGGCAAAAGCUUUUCUCAAGCAGGCAAUCUGCUUACCCACCAGCGUAGUCACACAGGAGAAAAGCCCUAUCGCUGCACGAUAUGUGACAAAGGGUAUUCACAGUCAACCCAUCUCCAUAUUCAUAUGCGCAGCCACACAGGGGAGAAACCCUACCCUUGCAAUGUGUGUGACAAAGGCUUUUCUGAAUCAGGUAAACUGAAGAUGCACCAGCGCAUUCACACCGGAGAGAGGCCGCACCAAUGCAAACAUUGUGGCAAAUGUUUUUCAAGUGCAGGAGGUCUGAGUUUACACCGACGCAUCCACACAGGGGAGAGGCCCUUCCAGUGUUCACAGUGUGACAAAAUGUUUACACAGGCAGGAAAUCUACAGAUACAUCAGCGCACUCACACAGGGGAGAUGCCAUACCACUGCACGAUAUGUGACAAAAGGUUCUCACUGUCAGGCAAUCUCCGUGUACACCAGCGUAUUCACACAGGCGAGAAGCCCUACCCCUGCAGUCUUUGUGGCAAAAGGUUUUCUGUAUCAGGAAAUCUAAGGAAACACCAGCUCAUCCACAGAUGAGAAAAACACCAGCACAUUCAAGUAGAAUUUUGAUUUGGACUGUUAUGCCAGUAAUACUGGAAGCUUUACCUACCCCUGUUUUCCCCUUUUCCUGGGUUAUUUUAUAAUGUUGUUGUUAAUCAUUAACUACCAUGUAUCAAGCACAAGCGGUCAAUAGGAAACAUUGGUUGACUUAAUUAGUUGUUGUUGUUGUGACCAAAUGUAUUUCCUAUGAUUACCAUCUGCCUCUGGAACACAGCAUUCUUUAUUCUAAUUAAUAUAUUCUAAUUUCACAUUAGCAACAGGAUUUUCAACUUGAUUUACAUCUGGAACCAUUGUCAUUUCUUCUUAGAACAGUGUUUCUGCUCUUUUCCCCAACAUUCUAGUGUGCUUUCAGUUUUAUUUUGUUCAUCCCUUACACAAUUCAUUGUUGGUUAUAUUUCAUUUUGUCAUUUAAAAUAAA